AUGAAAGAAGAGAAGAAAACCUAUAUUACCAGCUUCAAUUGCGCUAAAAAGUUCCCUUUCGAGGAUCAAGAUGCCUCAUCUAAGAUACUGGCACGUUUGCUACCGGAGAGUUCAACACACGAUGUCUACGCUUUGGGGUUUCAAGAGCUGGUCUCUACUUGGGAAGCGUCCUUUCCAACUGUAGUGAAACCAUUGGUUGAGCACUUAUCUACUCUGGCACUGAACUCUAUUAAUUCUCGCUCUCGGACUAGGAAGUAUGAGGUGGUUGCAGCUACAUCCACGGGUGCAGUUGCUCUAAUGGUCAUCGCAGAUGCAACUUUCAAAGUACAAGGGGUUGUCUCCAGCAAUUACAAAUGUGGAUUAUUCAACUCAAGUCUCAAGGGCUCUGCAACAGUAUGUUGCACGUUAGGAAAGCCCCAACAGGCUACUUCGAACGAAACAUUUACAUUUAUUUGUUCACAUCUAAACGCUAAUGAAGGACCGGAGAACGCGUUGCUUAGAGUUUCCAAUUAUAGAGAAAUUAUGGGCUCUUGUGCCUUAGAUCUUAGAUCAACACUUUUCAAGGCAGGCCAUGUAUUUUUCUUGGGUGAUUUGAACUUUCGUGUUAACGGUUGGCAUGAUAUGGAAACGGAUUAUUCGGAUAGUACCAUCUUAGCUCAGAUGUUAACAAAUCAUGAGGAACUCAAUCAGUUGCGGAAAGAUGGAAAAGUAUUCGAAGGGUUCACAGAGUCUCCGAUAACUUUUCCGCCAACAUACAAAUACUUGACGUUAAAACAAAGUGCACUUAACCACAAAAGGACACCAUCUUGGUGUGAUCGUGUACUUUAUAGGAAAUACCAACCAGGUACUUAUAGCUGUACCAAAUAUGAAUCUAUCGACAGGUUUCCGGAAUUGCAAUUUACUGAUCAUCAGGCUGUUGCGUUAGAUAUCAAUGUACCCGCUAUAGCAUUUGAUGAGCCGCUUGUUAUUGAAGCCACCGUUAUUUCAAGUAACCAGAAGAGCGUUGGAAACAUUGCGGAUCUCUGCAUAGGCUACAUCGGAUGGUUCAUUUAUUUAAGAGUAUACUAUGGACUUUUGUUUGGAUUGGCGUUGUUUAUUUUGUAUAAGGUUUUUUAG